AUGGAGAUGGAUGAGCAGAAGGUGGCUGCGGCCGCGGUGGCAGUGGCAGCGGGUACUGCAGCGGCAACUGCAGUGGCAGUAGAGGCAAUACGACGUGCUUCAUUGGAGGCUGAAGAACGAGAACGAGAUUGGGACAUGAUGGACGAAGCAGAAGACGAACGGAACGGAGGAGGUGGAGGUGGUGAUAGUGGUGGUGGUGGUGAUGAUGGCGACGGAGAAGGAGGCUAUGGACACGAAGAGAAUGGUGGACCAGGAGAAGGGGAAACGAUACAUACAGGACGAGAGCAAGAGCAAGAGCGUGACACCAAGCAAGCAAGCAUCAACACCGCUAUUCAAGCCAACGUCCAAGACAGACACAGACACACAACUGUGCUCUUCUUCAGUUUCGGACCCAACGUCAACUUCAGUCUUUUCGGCACGCAGCAACACAAAAGCCGAACGGUUACUCUUGCUUUCGGCCUGGGUGGCUUGGUUUGUGUAUAA